AUGACCCGAUCCGUGCUAGUUGCCUGUUGGUGUAACAUAACAGCGAUGGUGGCUUUUAAUGAACUCAUCGAUGAAAGUUCAAAGAGUAUAUUUGUAUUGCAACAACAACUAAUCAACGGGACCUAUCUCGUCGCUACUACUUUUGCGACACCUGAUUGCUCUGGUUCAUUAGCUCCAGUCGGCGCAUACUCAUUGGUUGUCGGACAGUGUUAUGGUGGCUCAGGUCGAUCUUACAAGUACACGUACUCUUCAGGUGCAGCAACCGUUGCAGUCUACACCGACGAUGGGUGCGGACAGUUUGCUGGCACCAUCUUUAACGGCAUUUCACUUGGAGGGUGCACCCAAAUGCCCCUCACUGAUCAAAUCAAUCGUUAUGUAUCGUUUACAGUAUCAGAACUACCUUUAAACCCAACUCCAGGUUUCUAUUUCUAUGAGAAACAUAUUACUGCUUCUAAUUGUUCAGAUACUACCAAUGCAGCAAGAGCAUUGAUUAUGCCAACACAAGAAGCUUGUGCAAGAUCUGAAACAUUCGAUAGGUUCAUUAAUAAUAUUUCACCACAGGAUGGUGUAGGACUAGAAUUUAAUUACGCUUCUGUUUGUGGUGAAGGUGUAGCCACACUUUAUAGUGCAUCUUGUCCUGUUGGUGGAGCUGUACCCGACAACAUUGCAUAUGCCACUGUUGUUCCUGCCUAUCAAUUGCAAUUUGCACCCAUCACCACCGUCACUCUCAACACUAUCACCAUUCCAGGCUUUACAAGCGCAUGGCCAUCCUAUUUAACCUAUUCCAUGCCAGGUUAUACAAUCACUUACCAAGUCAAUGGUGCUGGCACCACAAUUCCUAUAACCACCAAUUGUCCAGCCACAGGGUGUGUCCUCACCUUCCCCAUGGCCGCUGCCAAUAUCAACCUCUAUGCCAUACCAAAUCACUAUGCUCCACCAGGUCUCUUUGUUCAAUCUGCAACUCAACCCAUUAAAUUAAAAAAUGUACCAAAAGUAACAGCUAUUGAUUUUACUAGAAUAUUAAAUGAUUCUAUUACAUUUAAAUAUACCAUUGAUGAUAGUUCAUAUGGAUCUGAUACAACAUAUAUUGUCAAAGUGAAUGGAGUUGAAAAUACUUCAAAUUCAAGUUGUUUGGUUGGUCCAUCAUGUACAAUCAGUGGGCUUGCUGCAACUUUUGGAUCAAACCAAAUUAUGUUUUCAGUGAUGGCUGUCACUAAAACAUUCACAUCUACUGAAUUUAGUAGUAAUACAACCCUCUACAAACCAGUCACCAAUAUAGAAAUAACAACAUUGACAGCUAGAACCAAGUCUUUUUCACUACUUUACAAGGUUAUUGGAGGUGACCAAAGAUUCCCAAUCUUGCAAUACGUCGAUGUCAACGGUGAACUUAGCGCAAGCUGUUCCGGUAUCUUAACUACCCCUUGUUUAACAACUGGGUUACAACCAAAUUCCACCAACUCUAUAUUGUUUAUUGCUCAAAGCAAUGGAGAUCAGUACAAACAAUCAACCUCUAUCCAAACACUUCCAAUUAUCAGUGGUCAAACUUUGACAGUUGUCAAUUUUACCACCAAGGCUGUCACUGUUGAAUACUCGUACAAUGGAGGUGUUCCAGGUGAAACUACUGUCACAUUUACAGUUGAUUCUGUAUCAGCCACUUGUACACCAGUCCAAGGUUUAACAUCUCAAUGUACUAUCUCAUCAAUGACCUCUGGUUCUGAACAUGUUAUUGUUGCUACAUUUUCAAAUGAUGGUACCCAAGUCACUGCUCAAACAACCGUCACCACCUAUCCAUCAGUUGCCAACACCACUGCCAUCAUCAAUCAACACGCAUCUUAUUUCAAUGUCACCUAUGGUUCAUCAGGAGGUAUUCCAGGUGCUACGACCUACAAAGCCCUUGUUAAUGGAGCUCCUGUCGAUUUAGCCACAGGAUACUUUAUCUACACCUAUGAAAAUGAAAGAUAUCCAUCCGAAGAGACGUUUACCAUUGUUGUUAGAGCCACCAAUGAUGGUAUUGUUUCCCAAAACGUAUUCACAUUCACAACCUAUGUCCCACCAAGUGGAUUUAUAACUAGACAAUUAUUUGGUGUCAAUUCAGUAAACUUGACAUGGACUGAAUUAGUUGGUGGACAAGCAGACUCUACCUAUUACCAAGCUAUUUUGGCUUUUGAGGGUGGUCCAAACAUUUUGAAGUGUAAUACAACAGGAUUCUAUUGUUUUGUCGAUAAUUUGGUAUCAGAUGUUGAAUAUCAAUAUGCUUUUUAUGCCUACAAUAGUUUCUUUAAUCCUCUUUACAAUAGUGGUGAUUCUCAUACUUAUCCAGAACCAAACAGCAAUUGUACAGAUGAUUGUAAUGGUCAAGGUAAAUGUGUAAUUGGCAAUUGUGAAUGUGAUCAAGGAUGGGAUGGUCCAUCUUGUAAUAUUAAACUAUCGUCCAACACUACACAAGAUAUUGUCCUCACACCAACCACUACCAAUCAACCAAUAUUGUCAAUUUCAUUCAACAAUCAAGUUAAAUAUUCAAUUGGAUUAUUGAAAUUGGUUGAAAAGGAUACAGCUACCAAUACUGAUGUUAAUAGUUUGGAUUUAACAACAUUGACUUGGACAUCAAGUGGAAAUAGUUUCACAUUUAGCGGUGAAGGAUUGUCCAUCUUUUUUGGAGCCACUCAAGUCAACGAAAACAACGAAGAGGCAUACUUUGCAGGUCAGAGAUAUAAUAAUACAGUUGGAUCAAUCCUGUAUAACAUUACAAUUAGCGGAUGGAUGUUUGCUUCGCCAAGCAACCAAUUUGAGAUUCACACCUCAAUCUCCAAUCCAACCAUUUGCAACAAGACACUCACCCCAUCAACCCUCAACACACCAAACAAUCUUACAUCCAGUUUAUUGAUUGGUGAUGCAACACAAUCUGAAGCAUUAUUACAAGGAAAGUUAGUACAUUCAUCAAUGGUAGACACACUUCCAAAUAUCAUCACAUACCGAUCAGAAUCAGGAGGAUCUGUCAACACCACAACUAUUGUCGCUAUCACACCAACAUUUAAUCAAUCGAUCACCAUCCAACCAUCAUUCCAUCUCAUCAAUAGAAAUCUUACCCAAGAAUGUACCGAUGAUAAUCUCGUAUCCUCAGCUCCCAUUUCAAAUCCAUCCUUCAAUUCAAGCUAUAUAAUUGCAACAUCCUAUCGCAAUUCUGAUUGCUCGGGACAGAUAAUCAGCUCUUAUGCAGGAAUUAUUGAUCAGUGCUACAAAGGAGGCGGUCUAAAAUCAUACAAAUACACCUAUGAUCGAAUGAAUGGCUGGGCAUCCAUCAUAUCGUAUCGUGGUGAUAAUUGCCAGAUAGAGGUGGAUGUUACUGUUCAUGCACCUGCCAGACAGGGCUACGGUUUGAGAACAUGUUCAAUGAAUGAAUGA